AUGUUAAAUUUAAUUGGUAAAGGUAGAUCUCCAACAAUUGGGUUAAGAAGAACCACCCUCUUCUUGAGGUCUACUACUCUUGUAAGUUCGAGCAUUACAAACGUAAAACCAGUUAUAACCAGUUAUAGUUAUGUGACACAAUCUGAUUCAAGAGGAAAACCUCACUCUGAGGAAAGGAUACCGGAAGAGAAGAGUGGCACCCCUGAAACAUAUCAAAAUGAACAGAUCAAGAAAUUAAUAAAAAAGUCGAAAAUGCUUUCGAAACUUCAAGCUGAUCCUAGAUUCUCUCAUUACUUCAAGAGAAUAACAACAUCAGGAACAAUCCCAAUGAUAACUUCCUUUUUUAUUUUACAUGAAUUAACUGCCAUAAUACCUUUAUUUACGGUUUGGUAUAUCCUUUACAAUUUAAAUCUCUUCGAAAACUUCGAAUUUUCUGGAGAGCUAAUGACAAAAUGUAGCAAUGCAAUAGAAAAAUUUGUCGGAGACAAGUACCAAGAUUAUGAUAAACAUCGGCUUAUACUAAGUGGUGCUAUGUCGUAUGCACUCGUUAAAGUGAUGGGCCCUGUAAGAAUCAUUUUGAGUUUGUGGGGUGCUCCUUACUUCUGCCGAUGGUUAAUACUGCCAUUCAAGAAGUUGACCAAUUUAGUCAAGUCAAAGAAAUAG